AUAAAAUUGACUGCAGUUUGGCUGAAACAAACAGAAAGCAACUGAGUUGCAAGCUAAAACGAUACACAAUACAAACUACAAUAUGCGUUCAUUUUUGAUCGUUUGCUCCGUUGUCGCUGUCGCCAACGCAGCCAGUCUCGGCUACAACUAUGAGGCCAACAGUGCUCCAGCGCUCGGUGGUGGAUUAAGUGGCCCAAGCUAUGGAGGUCCCAGUUAUGGUGGUCCAGCGUUAAGUGUGCCCAGUUAUGGCGGACAAGGCCUUGCUGGCCCCAGCUAUAGCGGCCCUUCGGCUGCUGGCCCCAGCUAUGGUGGCCCUUCGGCUGCUGGCCCAAGCUCCUUUGGCGGUCUAGGUCCUUCUGGUCCCAGCUACAGCGCUCCCGCUGCUGGUCCUGCUCCCGUUGAGGUUAACAAGGAAUUCUUCACCUACACUGCACCCGAACAUGAAUUCAACGAUGCCGGCGAUGCCGGUGAUCACGCCAGCUCAUUGAAAAAGAACUUGCGCGUUAUCUUCAUUAAGGGACCUGAGAACUCGGGACUCGAGAAUGCUGCUUUGCAAUUGGCUAAAUCGGCUGGCGAAGAACGUACUGCCAUCUAUGUGCUGAGCAAACAGGCUGACAUCGGUGAUUUGGCUAACAAAUUGCAAUCACUCAACCACCGCAAUUCCAACAAGCCCGAAGUGCACUUCGUCAAGUACCGUACCCCAGCCGAUGCUGAGAAUGCCAAGCAAGCUAUUCAAUCGCAAUACGAAGGUUUGGGCGGUAACACUAGCAGUCACAAUGGUGGUGUUGCACCAGUGUUGGACUUCGCCUCGAAGGCACCAGCUGCUCCAGCUGCUCAGCAAUAUGGAGCCGCACCAGUUGGUGGCGCUGAAAAUGCUUACUUGCCACCCAACAAGCGCGUGUAAAUGAAUGUGUUGGAAGAAUCUUCUAGAACUAAUUUGUUAAAUAUUAUUUAAGCUUUAAUGUUCCUGCACAAUUCUUUUGUGCAAAUUGUUACCAAAAAAUAAAGAACAAUGUUAAAUUGUAAAUAAAUGUCGGAGCGCCCAGCUCUUAAUUCAAAGUAA